AUGAGUCACGUUCGAGGUCCUGCCGCGUCUCCUUUGCACGAGGGUGCAAGCUCUCCCUCCGUCGCUUGUCGGGUCCUGAAGGGCCACGAAGACUCCGUUGUAGGCCUUGACCUCUUCUGCUCUACGUUCUCUCUCCGCAAUUCCCACUGCCGCUGGCCUCGCAGGCGACAGUAUCUCAGCAGCGAAGACGAGGGAGAAGCCGCAGAAUACAGGUGUGGGUUCGAAGGGAAUGUGUCUUCCUGCCGGCGUCGAGCGAGUUGUGAAAAACGGACAGAUGCCCCCUUCGAUGCAGCUCCAGGUCCAGGUGCCCUUAAAGCAGUCGACACGCCGUCCGCUGGUUCAGGAUCCCCGCCCUCGCCUUCCUCUGUCUCUACACCUCACUCGACACCGGCAUGUCCCUGCGACGCUGGUCAGUUUUCUGAGGCCUUGCCGCUCACGCAAGAAAGCCUGUGGCCUCCGAGUGCAGAAUUCGAGGGUGACGUGCCUUGGUCCUUCACGCCUUGGUCUUCGUCGCUCCUCGCCAGCGCCAGCGACGACGGGACCGUUCGUCUGUGGGACAUGCGCGAAGAGAAAGCCGUUGCAUGCAUCCGGCAUCCGCUGUUCCUGUCAGCAGGCGCCUCGGAGGACUCGACCUCGAAUCUCGGAGCCGUCAAAUUCCACCCUGAAUCCUGCCGGCUUCUCUACGUGGCCUGCUCUAGUCAACUGCUUCUCUUCGACCUCUCCGCAACACCCUUCUGUGGCGCGCGAGCAGAGUCUCCCAAGGGCCUUCUGCAUGCGUCGACACUCGACACAGAAAAGCCACAAGGGACAGCUGCGCCUGGGCAUGGAACCCAGGCAGACCAACGCUCAGUGGCCGGAGGCGGGAGCAGCGCAAGCUCGCAAGAACCGACUGAGAGAGGAGACAACGGAGACAAAGGCGGCGUUUGUGUUUUUAAUGAAGCAGCAGCGAUCUGGAGCAUGGAACACUACGCGCAGCUUGUCACGGAUGACAGACGAAAACGUCUUUCAGGAAAAGACAGGAAACAAUCCGUGGAAGAUGUGGAGUGUUCUGAAGACGACGACGAUCCCCUCACCAUCAACGACUUCGACCUGUGGUGUCCUUCGCCGCAGCAACUGCGAGAUCUGAAAUUCGCUGCUUCGUUGCCGGGCGGCGAGUCUCUGGGGUCUCCGUCGAAGCCAGCGUCACGCCGGACUCCUACUAAGAAGAAAAGGGGGGUUGGCCGUUCCGUGACGACGGAGGAAGCUUCUGGAAAUGCGGAGUGUUCAGCUCUUCCAGGCUACUCUCCUGUCUGUCUCGCCCUUCCACUCGACAGCGGCGAAGUCGUCGUGGCCCUCCACAGAACGCCCCUCACCUCGGUAGAGGUCGCAGGCGCGUCUGCGGCGCCUGUGGAUACUGUGGGGUCUCAGGGUGCUCUGGGCGCCGCUCUCCAGCUUCAACGGGACAGGUUGCUUUGCAUGCAUCGCAGCAUCUGCGGCGUCGCCAGAUUUCGAAAAGAUAGUCAGGUUCCGGACCUCGUCACAGGAGGCUUCGACUUCAACGUGAACUCGUGGAACCUUGUCGAGGCAAAGCCGCGAACGAGCCUGGAGAUGCGACGAGCGGUCGCAGAUCUGAGGCACCACGUGAUGCCGUGGGAAGAGAAGUCGUCCCAGGCAAAGGCUUCCAAGGGCGCGAACUCGGGAACCCAAGGUCAAUCGAUACAAGCGCGAAACGACCGCCAGGGAGACACUAAGUGCCUAAAUCCGCCCUUCGUCGUCUCUCUCGCCAUGAGCCCUGAAUGCCGCAGGGUCGCCGUGGGACUAGGAGAUGGCCAUCUUGCCGUUUUUGAUUAUGCAAACUCGUCCCGAAACGCCAGACUUUUUCCUGCGCCAUCCUGGAGUAGCCAGCCCCACAGCUUGUCGUCAGCAGCUUUGUACUGGGCUUCGAGUCCGAGCGCCGUUCACUCUGCUGCGGCUAGCACGGCGCCUCAUGGUUCUCUCGGUCGCGUUUCCGCAUGCAGUGCGCUCCCGUCUAGUUCUACCAGAGACAUCGGCUCCGUGCUGGUGAGUUGUGGAACUGACCGCCGUCUGUGCGUUUUCACAGACUCCCCUGUGACAGAGGAGGCGUCGGAGCCAAGAAACUCGCGGGACAGUUCCCUCCGGUUGCUUCUGCAGCAUCGUCUUCCUUAUAAACCGAACUGCAUGGUCUGUGCCAGCAGCUGCGCCGUUGCUGGAUGCUCGUGUCAGCUUCAUGUGCCGAGUCUCUCUAGGUCAGCAGCGAGAUCGGGGAAAAGUGGACGGUGCUGCUCGGGAACUGCAUGCAGUGCUACUCUUUGUGGAAAUGCCAACCCGGCAGCGCUUCGGUGUUACGUCGGAGAUGUCUCUAAAGAUAUUCGAGUUUUCGAAUUCCCGUGCUAG